AUGAAGGGAGGGGUUAAACUGUUGGCCGUGUGCCUAUGCCUUGCGGUGGCGACCGUCGUCGUAGCGGAGGAUCCUUACUUUCACUACGUGUGGAACGUGACGUACGGAACCGCAUCUCCUCUCGGAGUUCCACAACAAGUCAUUCUCAUCAACGGUCAGUUCCCUGGUCCUAACAUCAACUCAACUUCUAACAACAACAUCAUCGUUAAUGUCUUCAACAACCUCGACGAGCCUUUCCUCCUUACUUGGAAUGGAAUUCAGCAUAGGAAGAACUCAUGGCAAGAUGGUACAGCCGGAACAAUGUGUCCCAUUCCACCGGGUAAGAACUUCACAUACCAUUUCCAGCCUAAGGAUCAGAUCGGUAGCUAUUUCUACUACCCGACCACAGCUAUGCAUCGUGCCGCGGGUGCCUUUGGUGGUCUCCGUGUGAACAGCCGUCUCCUAAUCCCCGUCCCGUACGCUGAUCCUGAAGAUGACUACACUAUCCUUAUCAACGACUGGUAUACGAAAAGCCACACUCAGCUCAAAAAGUUCCUCGAUAGUGGCCGUACUAUUGGCCGUCCAGACGGCAUUCUCAUCAAUGGUAAGGCCGGGAAAGGUGACGGCUCCGACCAGCCUCUUUUCACCUUGAAGCAAGGAAAAACCUACAGAGUCCGUAUUUGUAACGUGGGUCUCAAGGCAUCUCUCAACUUCAGAAUUCAGAACCACAAGAUGAAACUUGUUGAGAUGGAAGGCUCACACGUUCUCCAGAAUGAUUAUGACUCGCUUGACGUCCACGUCGGUCAAUGCUUUGGUGUUCUCGUCACCGCGAACCAAGAACCUAAAGAUUACUACAUGGUAGCUUCCACAAGGUUCUUGAAAAACGCUUUGACCACCACAGGGCUCCUCCGCUACGAGGGAGGAAAAGGCCCCGCCUCUUCUCAGCUACCUGCGGCUCCUGUUGGUUGGGCUUGGUCUUUGAACCAGUUCCGCUCUUUUAGAUGGAACUUGACAGCCAGUGCAGCUAGACCUAACCCACAGGGAUCGUACCACUACGGAAAGAUUAAUAUCACUCGCACCAUCAAGCUCGUGAAUACUCAGGGCAAGAUCGAUGGCAAGCUCAGGUACGCAUUGAGUGGUGUCUCACACACAGACCCAGAGACACCCUUGAAGCUUGCUGAGUACUUUGGCGUUGUCGAUAAGGUUUUCAAGUAUGACAGCAUCUCCGAUAACCCUACCUCGGAUCAGAUCAAGAACAUCAAGAUCGAACCCAAUGUUCUUAACAUCACUCACCGCAACUUCAUCGAAAUUGUGUUUGAGAACCAUGAGAGGAGCGUUCAGUCUUGGCACUUGGAUGGCUAUUCCUUCUUCGCUGUAGCAGUUGAGCCAGGGACAUGGACACCAGAGAAGAGGAAGAACUACAACCUUUUAGACGCAGUGAGCCGACACACAGUCCAAGUCUACCCCAAGUGUUGGGCUGCAAUCUUGCUCACAUUUGACAACUGUGGAAUGUGGAACAUUAGGUCAGAGAAUUCCGAAAGACGUUACUUGGGACAGCAACUCUACGCAAGCGUUUUGUCGCCGGAAAAAUCUCUCCGGGACGAAUACAAUAUGCCGGAGUCAAGCCUCCAAUGUGGUCUAGUCAAGGACAAACCUAAGAUUAACCCUUAUGCCGGAGCCUAAUUUUUG